AUGAACACCGCAAGGUCGACGCUCGUCCGGCGAGCAGUUCCGCGAACGUUACCGUCUUCAUUGCUCCGUCGAAGAGCCGCCCCUUUCCUAGUAUCCGGUGCAAGCUAUUCUGCGACCCCUCGCUUCGUCCCCCCAGCGGCCACGUUCGUUCGCACGUAUGCCAAUGGACGACCUCAUCCGCCUGGCGGAACCCAUCGCAUGAACAUGGGAGGCGAGCCUGAAAAGCCUGCGUUGGAAGAAUACGGCGUUGACCUGACAGCCCGAGCUAAAGACGGAAAAUUAGACCCUGUGAUUGGAAGAGAUGGGGAGAUUCACCGGACGAUACAGAUACUCUCGCGGCGAACGAAGAACAAUCCUGUCUUGAUCGGUGCUGCCGGAACGGGCAAGACUGCCAUUCUUGAAGGACUGGCCCAGAGGAUCGUAAGAGGGGAUGUACCUGAGAGCAUCAAGAAUAAGAGAGUCAUCUCUUUGGACCUGGGUCAGUUGAUAGCUGGUGCCAAGUUCAGAGGCGACUUUGAAGAAAGGCUUAAGAGGGUUCUUAAAGAGGUGCAAGACGCACAUGGCGGAGUUAUCCUUUUUGUCGAUGAACUGCACACGCUGCUCGGACUUGGAAAGGCCGAAGGUUCGAUUGAUGCCAGCAACCUCCUGAAGCCAGCUCUCUCGCGCGGCGAGCUACAAUGCUGUGGCGCCACCACCCUCAACGAGUACCGCCAAAUCGAGAAAGACGUGGCACUCGCACGGCGAUUCCAACCGAUCCUGGUUGGAGAGCCUUCAGUACAAGACACGAUCUCUAUCUUGCGCGGUAUCAAAGAUCGCUACGAAGUCCAUCACGGCGUCCGCAUUACGGAUAAUGCUCUUGUCGCUGCCGCCACAUACAGCAAUCGGUACAUUACAGAUCGUUUCCUACCUGACAAGGCUAUAGACCUCGUGGACGAGGCAGCUUCUGCUCUUCGCUUACAACAAGAGUCCAAACCUGACGCAAUUCAAAAACUAGACCGCGAGAUAAUGACCAUUCAAAUCGAGCUCGAGUCUCUGCGGAAAGAAACGGAUAUUGCUUCCAAGGAACGUCGGCAAAAGUUAGAGGAGACACUUGCAGAAAAGAAGAAGGAAGUGGAUCGUCUAACCGAGAUUUGGGACCGUGAGAAAGCAGAAAUCGAAGCCAUCAAGCGAACGAAAGAAGACCUGGAGAAGGCACGACAUGAGUUGGAGCAAGCUAGACGCGAGGGGAACUUCGCCCGCGCAGGCGAACUUCAAUAUGCGACAAUCCCCAAACUUGAAGCUCAAUUGCCCAGGGAAGGUGACGAAGUCACCACGACAACGAAGAAUGGAGAGACUCUGAUUCAUGACUCGGUGACUGCUGAUGACAUUGCCAACGUUGUGAGUCGAACAACAGGGAUCCCAGUCACCAAGCUUAUGGCUGGGGAAGUCGAAAAGCUUGUGAAGAUGGAAGACAAAUUGCGAGAGCAUGUUCGUGGCCAAGAUGAAGCCCUUACUGCAGUGGCCAACGCAGUCCGCAUGCAACGAGCAGGUCUAAAUGGCGAAAACCGCCCGCUCGGGAGUUUCAUGUUCCUGGGACCUACCGGCGUAGGAAAGACAGAACUCUGCAAACAGAUUGCCAACUUCCUCUUCAGCACAGAAUCUGCUGUGGUUCGAUUUGACAUGUCAGAGUUUCAGGAAAAGCACACUGUCUCGCGACUCAUUGGCGCCACCGCGGGCUACAUCGGGUAUGAGGAUGCAGGGCAGCUGACAGAGGCCGUUCGGCGCAAGCCGUACGCCGUCCUCCUGUUCGACGAGUUUGAGAAGGCCCACCGUGACAUCUCAAGUUUGCUGCUGCAAGUGCUCGACGAAGGUUUUCUCACAGAUAGUCAAGGCCACAAAGUCGACUUCCGAAACACUCUGAUUGUCUUGACCAGCAAUCUUGGUGCUGAAAUUCUGAUGGGUAGCGGCGCAGAUGUGGAAACAGUGACUCCCGAACAGAAGAAGGGAGUGAUGGAGGUUGUGCAAGCCUCCUACCCGCCCGAAUUCCUGAAUCGGAUCGAUGAGUUCAUCAUCUUCAACAAGCUGUCCAGGUCUGCCUUGCGAGACAUUGUGGACAUUCGGAUCCGCGAGCUUCAAGGGCGCCUUGAUGACCGCAGAAUAACUGUUGACGUUUCGCCUGAAGUCAAGGACUGGUUAUGCGAGAAGGGCUAUGACCCUCGAUAUGGUGCCAGGCCACUCAACCGCUUAAUACAGCACGAGAUUGGGCGAAGGUUGGCGGACAGGAUUAUCAGAGGCGAACUGAAGACAGGAGACACCGCGAAGGUUAUGGUGGCCAAGGACAGGGCCACCUUAGACUUGGAAGUUCAAGCAAAAGCUUGA